GUAGGGUAGGGCAGGGCAGGGCAGGGGCUGGAGGAAGGGAUGUUUAUGGUUCCCGCUGGAGGGAACUGGAAAAGGAGAUUUCAAGUGGACCUCCUUUACCCCUAGUCCUUCUUUCCCGGAGGUGGGGAGGAUCUAGAGAAAGAUAAGAUAAGAAUAAGAUAAGAUAAGAAAGAAAGAUAGCUGUAGGAGUAGGGAAAAAAACCGUAGAAACACAACAGAUCAAGGGAGAAGGCGACACUGAAAGGGCUGGCAGGAGGUGGAGCCGAAGGAAAGAUGUGGAGCCAGAAAUACAAACCGAAGGAAAAGAAAUGGAAAUGAAGACAGAAGAGAGGAAGGAGAGGCGGCGAGGGGGCUCAGCAGAGAGAUCAAGCGCUGGAUCUGGAGUUCAGACUUGGCCUCAAGGACAUAACGGUUAACCACAAGAAUUUAUUUAGCGCUUUAAGGGAAGGCUCGUCGUCUGAAGCAGGCCAAGGAAGAAGCUCAGAUGGAGGUAGAGCAAUACCGUAGGGAACGGGAACAGGAAUUCCAGAGCAAACAGCAAGCGGCUAUGGGCUCCCAGGGAAACUUGUCAGCUGAGGUGGAGCAGGCAACACGUCGACAGGUACAGGGCAUGCAGAGCUCUCAGCAGCGCAGUCGUGAGCGUGUCUUGGCUCAUCUCCUGGGCCUGGUCUGUGACAUCAAGCCCUACAUUCAUCCCAACUACCGGAUUGCUGCCUAGGAAUUAUGUAACAGUCACAACGCCCCCCCCCCCCUUCCCAGAACCUCAUACCUUGUCUUCCAGCCAUAUCCCAUUUUACCCAUCAUUUCCCCAGAAACUCAAGGAGUCAUCCUAUAACUCUUCCAUAUGGAACCCUAAAUCUUCUUUAGCUCCAUAACUCCUACCAGGACCUUUUGAGUUUCCUGAGAAUGAUGCCUCCUUUUCACAGAAUCUGAAUUUACCCUGCAGUGAUCUUAAAACCUGGACCUUGACAGCCUGCCUUAAGAUACUUUAAUAGUGUCUGUGUAACCCGCAAGGCAAGUUAUUUAAUUUCUUCAUCUAUAAAAUGGAGACAAAAAUAGUACCUACUUAACAAGUUUUCUAGUGAGGAUCAAAAGAGAUAUGUGCAAAAUGCUUUGCAAACCUUAUAAAGUACUAAAGGCUACAUAUCAGUUAUUAAUAAAAUAUUUCCCAGAUAAGUAAAAAUCUCUCCCCAAUUGGUUUCAAUUAAGUAAUCCUAAUAACUUUAUUCAAAUGACUAUCCUUCACAUGUCUGGGUUUCUUCCUGUGACCAAUGAUGAAACUAGCUGACCUCCAUGGUUCCAUUGAUCUUACUAUGGCUCCAAAGGUUUCUAUUUCCUCCUUACUUUUUAUUUAUCUCCUUUACUUCUCCAUUUUCUUUCGUUUUUCUCCUAUCCCUCAAAAUUUCUUGGAAGAGACCUAUUUGGCUCCUACUAUUGCCUAUCUUAACUAUAGAGGAACAUCUUAUAUUUCAUGUGCUGUUAUGGGAAUAUCCUCCAUCCUUUUCCAUUUUCCUUCUCUCACACUUCAAUUUCCUAUUGGGUUCUACUCAACUGUUAAAAGAAACCAAUGUAAAUGUCAAUAAAAUAAGGUCUGAAAAACUUGUAAGAG